AUCAUUAUGCUGUCCACAUCUGUCAUCAAUAACACUGAUCAUCCUUCCACAUUUAUUCUACUUGGAAUCCCUGGAAUGCAAGAUCAGCAUGUGUGGGCUGCCAUCCCCUUCUGCUCCAUGUAUAUCCUUGCUCUGGUUGGCAAUGGCACCAUCCUCUACAUCGUCAUGACAAAUAGAACUCUACAUGAGCCAAUGUACCUCUUCCUGUGCCUGCUUUCUAUCACUGACCUGGUUCUUUGUUCGACCACAUUGCCCAAAAUGUUAACAAUAUUUUGGUUUAGGUCCCACAUAAUUUCCUACCAUGGCUGCCUCACCCAGAUGUUUUUUGUUCACACUAUUUUUGCCACAGAGUCGGCUGUUCUACUGGCCAUGGCUUUUGACCGCUAUGUGGCUAUCUGCCAUCCACUUCAUUAUACAUCCAUCCUCAAUGCCACAGUGAUUGGGAAGAUUGGUCUGGCAUGUGUGGUCCGUGGCCUUCUCUUUGUUUUCCCCUUUGUCAUCCUCAUCAAACGUUUACCCUUCUGUGGACACCACAUCAUCCCCCACACUUACUGUGAGCACAUGGGCAUUGCCAAGCUCGCCUGUGCCAGCAUCAAGCCCAACACCAUUUAUGGACUCACUGUGGCACUUUCAGUCACUGGCAUGGAUGUGGUCCUCAUCACCACCUCCUACGGCUUGAUCCUGCGGGCAGUGCUGCGCCUGCCCUCCAAGGAUGCCCAAUUCCGAGCAUUUAGCACUUGUGGAGCCCAUAUUUGUGUGAUUCUGGUUUUCUAUGUACCUGCCUUCUUUUCAUUUUUCACCCACCGCUUUGGCCACCAAGUACCUCCUCAUGUCCACAUUGUACUUGCAAAUCUCUAUCUCCUCGUGCCCCCUGUUCUUAACCCCCUGGUCUAUGGCAUCAAUACCAAACAAAUCCGCCUAAGAAUAUUUGGAUUUUUUAUGGGAAGGAGGUAG